CACGGUUCCUAGCGGUGGGGGGAAAGGUGGCCUCCCACUGAUUCACAGGUUUGGAAUUUGCAUCUGAUUGCUGUUUGUCAACCAAUGGUUUCCCUCAGCGGCCGAGGACACGCCUCAGAUUAGGCAAAGAUGCGCACUUCGUUACAAAUGAUAUCCGAUGUCGAAAUCAAAUCGAAUUAAGAGAGUAUUAGGUGCACAUAUGAGUUAAACACCGCACUGCAGCGGGGAAUUUAGCCAGCGGUAAAUUAAAGUAGUGUCCGAAACUGAACAGCCGCCCGGCGAAGAGCUGCUGUUUUCACGGGGAAAUCAGGAAUGUGUCUUCCGGUUCCAAAGAGUGCAAAACACAAAACGAAAACUGGACUGGGUCUGAUAGAGCUUGGGGUUCUGCGUGGGGAGGAGUGAUCCUCCUCUCUGAAGUCUUCUGCAUUGUAUAGCCUCGUCUUCCAUAUCUUCUCUCAGGAGCAUCCCUUAGUACCAAUCUAGCGAGAAACUGAUUCUGUUUUUUUAGAGUAUUAAACUUUCAGGAUAGAACACCACACACCUCAGAGGCAACUGUUGAGAGAGUGCUUCCAGCUGCCUGAUUUGGCAUUUCUUUGGUGGAGCAAGGAGGCAAAGGAGGCGGCACCCCAGCGCGUCCUUUUUGCCUGGAGAUGAAGCUGCAGGCAGUGAUGGAGAACUUGCACAGGCAACAGCAGGCUAAGCUGCUAAUGGAGAUGGAACAGAGGCAGCAACAGCAGGUGGGACAUUUGCAGAACUCCUCCCCAGCGGGAGAAGAGCUGAAAUUAAGCUCUGCCUCGGAGGCGGAACGAGCACAGAUAGCUGCACUGGCGGCCAUGAGGGCUGUGGCGGCUGGACUCCAGAGGCCGCCGAUGGCCGACAGUCCAAUGUCGCAGCACAGUAGCGCUGGUGAAGAGGACGAUGAUGAAGGCGACGAAGAGGAGGAGGAGGAGGAAGGAGAGGAGCAGUAUAAAUAUAAAGACAUGAUGGGGUCAGAGGAGGAGGAGCAAAUUAAACAGAAGUGGGACGAGGAUGAUUUUGAAGGAGAGAUGGAGGAGGAUGACUAUGAUGAUGACCUUGCUGAUGAAAGUCUACAGACAGGCCGUGAGGCUGUAGCCCCAGGACGAGGAAUCCUCUUGCUGCCUCAUCGCCAGCUUCACCCUCCCUCACAGCUGCUGAAACCCAGACCGGGUUCUGAAACAGAGGCACGACCAUUAAGUAUCCCAGCCCAUCCAUCACACAGCCAGCUCCAAGGCCAGGACCACGCCGACUGGACCUAUGAGGAACAGUUCAGACAGCUUUAUGAACUGGACAGCAAUCCAAAGCGGAAAGAGUUCCUGGACGAUUUGUUCACAUUCAUGCAGAAAAGAGGGACCCCUGUGAAUAGGAUCCCUAUCAUGGCCAAGCAGGUGUUGGAUCUGUACAUGCUGUACCAGCUGGUGACAGAAAAGGGGGGGCUGGUCGAGGUCAUCAAUAAGAAGCUGUGGAGGGAAAUCACCAAAGGCCUGAACCUGCCCACCUCAAUCACCAGUGCUGCCUUUACACUCAGGACACAAUACAUGAAGUACCUUUACCCUUAUGAAUGUGACAAGCGAGGUCUCAGCAAUCCCAACGAACUCCAGGCUGCCAUAGACAGUAAUCGUCGUGAAGGACGUCGGCAAGGCAGCUCCCUUUUCAUCUACUCCCCAAAUGGGACACCCACAAUGCUCUCGUCCACCAAGCUUUCCAUGCCCAACAUUGGCCUUUCUAUGGCCACUAAUGGUGCUUCUCUCACCUCCAUGCAGAAAGUUAAAAAGGAAGAUGACAGUGGUCAGUCACUCGCAGCUACAAGCAGCAGGCUCCCAGGAGCUCUGGCUACUCACUCUGUGGCUGCAGCUCAGGCAGCAGCAGUCCAGGCUGCAGCGGCGCAGGCUGCCAUGGCCGCGCAAGUAGCCGCACUGGAGCAGCUGCGGGACAAGUUUGAGGCUGGUGAACCUCCAGAGAAGAAAAUGGCUCUGCCGGCAGGGGAGGAUCACCAGCGGCUCAUCCAGAGGGCACUGCAGCAAAACCUACUGGCAAUGACUGCGCAGAUGCCCAUGAACAUUCGCAUCAACAGUCAAGAAGGCAGACCGGAUUCAGCUCUGAACCUCACCACAAAUGGCAUGAACAGCAUCAGUAUGUCAGUGGAACUCAAUGGAGUUGUAUACACUGGUGUGCUUUAUGCUCAAGCUACAGGUAUAUCCUCAUCAGGAGCAUCCAGCAAGCUUCCAGGGGGCCGCAGCAAUUCCCAGCCACUUCCUCAGACACCUACCUCAUCCACUUCCACCAAUCCAUCACCUUAAAUGCCUCACACCCUUCUCAUCUCAAAGCUAGCUAAAGCCAAAUAUCAACCUCAUUUUCUAUAACCUAUGCCAAAAGAAACAUGCAGGAAUAGCAGAUUCUCAGACCAUUUUAACGUACAAUAUCUCAGGUUCUUUAACUCAUCUUUUGCUCAGUAGCCAAAAUGAACUAAAAAUAUGUAAAGAGAAAAACGAGAGUUUAUGGUAAAGACAAACUUAUAUAUAUAUACAUAUAUAUAUAUAUAUA